AUGGCACUUUGCUUUGGUUAUUCAAAAGCCAUUUUCAGAGUUUUGUUACUCUCUGCCAUUGUCUUCUUUGCCAUUCUAUCUCCAUCUUCUGCUGCUACUACAAAGCCCUCAGCUUCUGCUCCUUCCCCUGCCUCCACCCCUGCUCAUGCCCCUGGCCCUUCCAGUGAUGGGACUUCCAUAGACCAAGGGAUUGCAUAUGUGCUGAUGCUAGUGGCUUUGGUGCUUACAUACCUCAUUCAUCCUCUGGACGCAUCUUCUACCUACACUUUCUUUUGA